AACCCAAAAACCACAUUACACCCCAUAUGCUCCCCUCAUUCACAUUGCUGUAAAUUCAACAAAAAUAAUCAAUCAUAUAUUAAGUGUAAAAUAUUUACUAUAUGACUGACUUGAUUUGGAUAAAAACUUUCCGGAGCCAUACAUACCUUUAAUAUCAAUCUCUCUCUCUCUCUCUCUCAUGAUUGUUAUGCUUUGUUGCUGCUGCUGAUGGAAAACCUCCCGGCUACUUCUCCUCCUCCGAGCAAUGGCAUUAUCCAUAGCCAUCACCAUCACUUGGAACACGUACCUCAAACUCAUGGACACCACCAUGAAAUCAUCCCCUCAUCUUCCCUUCUCAUAGUAGUCAUUCCCAUCAUCAUUGUAAUCUUGCUCCUUGCUAUACUCUUACUCACACUCAUGCUCCGUCGCUUGCAACUCUCCAGAGACACCACCACCACCAGUACCACUGUCGCCACAAACGGAGGUUGCCUGCGUGGAAGUGGUCUGAGCGGCACACCGCAGCCUAAAUUGAGAGGAGCCCAACAAGUUCAAGUCCAAGUUUUUAGUCUCAAAGAGGUGGAGACCGCUACCAACAAAUUUAGUGAAGCUAAUAUCAUAGGAAAUGGGGCGUCGGGCGCAGUGUACAGAGGGGUGCUGAGGGAUGGCACUGCCGCGGCCAUUAAGAUGUUCCGCUCCCACGGCCGCUAUGGUGAACGUGCGUUCCGGUUGGAGGUAGAUCUGUUGAGCCGGUUGAGGUCUCCUUACAUAUCUGAACUCUUGGGCUACUGCGCAGAUCAACAUCACAGGCUGCUUGUAUUCGAGUACAUGCCAAAUGGUUCUCUUCACAGCCAUCUGCGUCGCACCCAAUCUCCCUUGAACUGGGCAAUUCGCUUGAAGAUAGCCCUCGAUUCUGCCAGAGCCUUGGAAUACCUCCACGAGCACACAACCCCUGCUGUUAUUCAUCGAAAUCUCAAAUCCACCAACAUCCUUUUAGACCAUAACUUCAGACCCAAACUCUCGGGUUUCGGGUUGGCCAAGAUUGGCUCCGACAAGCUCAAUGGCCUCAUCUCGACCCGUGUUUUAGGAACAACUGGAUAUUUAGCCCCCGAGUACGCAUCAACAGGAAAGCUUACAACGAAAUCGGAUGUAUACAGUUACGGUGUGAUUCUUUUAGAGCUUUUGACGGGCCGUGUACCUUUUGACACCACCCGGCCUCCUGGAGAGCACGUCCUAGUUUCUUGGGCCCUUCCCCGUUUAACAAACAGAGAUAAAGUGAUGGAAAUGAUUGAUCCAGCUCUAGACGGCCAGUACUCCAAGAAAGAUCUUAUUCAAGUGGCUGCAAUCACGGCUAUGUGCGUGCAGCCGGAAGCAGACUACAGACCUUUGAUUACCGAUGUCGUCCAAUCCUUGAUGCCUUUGGUAAAGAAGAACCCUGUGGCCGCCUCAUCCAAUUCACUUAGAUUCGGCCACAGUCCAAGCCCCAGAGCCUAAAGCUGUCUAACUCUGAAGAACAUGAAACAGAUCAAAUACCAAAGAAAUCCAACAGACAGAUGUCAUAAUCGGCCUUGCAUUGUAUUCAUUGAACAAAUAAGUUACGGAUUAAGACCACCUCAAACAAGGUACCCAAGUUACCUGUUUAUUGAAAUCCAGUUAAGCAUUCGUGUAUCAAACUAGGUAUGGAACUAGAUAAACAAAAUCCUAAUUCGGAUUGUGUUUGUCAUACUUGAACCAAUUACAUGAUAAAUACAAUACACUUAUUGUGUAAUUGGUGUACCAUUAAGGAAAAAUGACCAAUCACAUGUCAAAUGUAUUAAACUUGAUCUGUAAGUAAAAGAAAAAUUUCAAACGUUGAGUGACAGUGGCCAUGCUAGCUACAUCACCACUAGCAGCAAACUGGAGGAGCUACAGCAAACUAAUUAUACUAUUUGAAUCAUGAAUGAACUUUUCUUGGACAUUGCUCGUACCAUGAACCGAUCCAACUUACUUUAAUGUCCAAAAGUCUAAUGAUGCUUCGUCCAUCAAGGCGAAAAGCCAACUAAUAUCUUUUCAAACCAAACUCCGACACUAAGUUUCUAUAUCACUUCUAUGUUACAUACAUGAUUGCGUGUAGGAUCAGAAGGACUUGUAAUGGAAUGGAGCUGAGCAAUACAAGAUUUUACCACACUUUUUAUCUAUCUCACUGUCAUACGAGUCGUAGGGUUUAGGAGCAAAGACGAUAAGGCUUGUAGCUAGAUCACGUUCAUGAAAGUGCAAGAUUCCUGACCGAUAAAUCUGAAUGCAAAAUUCAAUGAAUUGAGGAUGUGAGAUAGAAUUGAUAGCC